CUUUUUUUUUUUUUUUAAUGUCGCCAUAUUCUUUGCUCCGUAUUAGAGUAGAUUAUAGUGGCGUUUGUUCGCCUCUCCUCUCAAGGUUUACAAAACUGUUUUGGCACAAGAAGGUUCCGGAGACGCUCGACGGCACCGAUGAGGCGCGCUCGCGUGUGCUGUCACGCAGAUGGGGGCCGACGGCAGCAAGAAGAAGCCGGCUGAUAGCCGCGAGGAAGAGCCCCUCUCAUCAGGCUGGCGUGGCUUCCUGUCCAGCAUGGGCCUGUCGUUGCCUGCAACCUUGUGCCGCCUGGCGCCGCCCGCUUUGCGCCUGGGUCGCCGGCCCAUGCUCCAAAGCAGGGCGCCUGACAUCCCCGAACACGUCCUGAGGCUGGCAGGGGUGGGCCCAGACAAGUUGAGAUCCGAAUGGAGCCUGCCGGGCUUCGUCGCUAUGUUCCUACCCGAGUUCCCCCACAGGGGUGCGCCGGGACAAGAACACUUUCAGGUGUUAAGUUACAUCGCCAAAGGUUCUUUCGGACCCAUCUUGAAGGUGAAGGACAAGGCCAAACAGAGAACGUAUGCCGUCAAAGUGAUUCCCAAAUCUGAAAUCCUCCGAUUAGGCGUGCUGGAGCAGUCAAAAGAAGAGGUGAUAGUUCAGCGUCAGAUUCGCCACCCGUUUGUGCACGACCUGCAGGACUGUUGGCAGACGCAGCGCCACCUCUACAUUAUGUGCGACUACUGCAGCACUGGUGACCUUUACACCUACUGGCAGAUGAUUGGACUCUUCGCAGAGGACACGGUGCGGGUGUUUGCCGCCGAGCUGGGCUCUGCGCUGGGAUUUCUUCACGACUUUGGUGUCAUCCAUAGAGAUGUGAAGAUGGAGAACAUCUUGCUGACAGACAAUGGACACCUCCGUCUGGCCGACUUUGGUUUGUCUCGCCGCCUGGAGCGAGGAGGUCGGGCUUUCACCAUCUGCGGCACCAUCCAGUACAUGGCCCCCGAGGUACUGAGCGGCGGUCCCUACAACCACGCGGCCGAUUGGUGGUCGCUGGGCAUCCUGCUAUUCUCGUUGGCUACCGGCAAGUUCCCCUUGCCUCCAGAGCCGGACCACUGUGGCAUGCUGAGGAGGGUGCGGUCUUUCCCCUAUGAAAUGCCCCUCAGCCUGAGCCCCCCUUUGGCCAUGCUCAUCACAGAGCUACUGUGCAAAAUGCCCGCCCGCCGACUUCGCACCCUGGAUCGUUUCCAACGCCAGACCUUCUUCCGUGGACUCAGCUUUGACCAAAACCUGCUGCAGCGCCACCCUGUGGAGGUGAUCCUGGAGCUGAGGGAGCGACCCGACCGCGCAGCCAAAGCCCGCCGAGGCCUCACGCUUUCACUGCAGCCACUCAAAGGCUUCGAGUACGACUCGUUACUCGGGCCGCCAAACACGCCCGACGCGCAGGCGCAGGUAGCUGGCCCGCGUAAGGAGGUGUUUGUCUGAUUCCGUCAAUCGAGAAGGCUUGCAUCACUACGGAACAGACUUUGCAAGGUUUUGGUUAACAAAAUGGCGGGUCCAUCCCUAAAAUGGCCACGUCAAGAAGAAACAGACCCUCCAUUGUUGUUUACUGCAUGGCCUUAAACCACACUCGCUAUCAGGUUACCCUUUCACAACAAAGCGUGCUAAACUGGACCGACGACCCGAUGUAGAGGAAAUAUCUCAAGGACUCGUGUGUGUGAAAUUCAACAGGAAGUCAGGAAGACAUUUGUAUUUCAAGCAGCCAUUUUGAGCUAAACUCAAAUCAUCUCUUUCGGGGCCUCAGCAUUCCUUAAUGGUCAAUGAAAGUCCAGUUGGUCAAAGUCUGCUCUCACAGGAUGCACAAACGAAUCUCAGGCACCUGAAAUGUUUACAGUUUGUUUGACACCCAAAAGAGAGCACCUUUCUAAAGCUUUUGUGUUUGCACAACAAGAAAUGCAAUUUGUUCAUGGACUUGAACGUCGCCUGUCGAUAUUGCCGCAACUGGUGUUAUGGAACGAAAGGUCAUUCAAGCGGAGGACAAUGCCCCCCAUUUUAUUUUCUGUGUAGUCACUUGUGCAAGCCGUUUUCCAGAUUGAUGUUUUCACAGGUACAAAGCUUUUUUUCUUAUCACCUAUUUUAUUUCCCGAUAUACCCGAAUGCCUCACGAGUGAUCCUGACUUUUGUGUUUUGUUGAGAGAAUGCUUAUUUAUACAUAUAUAUAAUUACCAAAAAAGAAAAUCCUCUUUAUACAA